AUGUCCGCCAACGCUCUGAACAAGAUCGCGCCCAACAGCCCCUCGAGGCAGACUCCCUCUGAGAUUGAGACCAGCAUCGCCAACGCAAUUUGUCUCUGCUCGCGAGGUAUGAAAAACCCGAACACCACGAUGCGCUCUCGAGCGUCGCCUACACACCUACAAUGUACAACUGAAGAGGCGAUCGAGGUUGGCCACGGACGCAAGGCUAUUGUCAUCUUCGUCCCUGUUCCCCUUCUUGCCGGAUGGCACAAGGCCCAGCAGCGUCUCACUCGUGAGCUCGAGAAGAAGUUCUCCGACCGCCACGUCCUGAUCGUUGCUUCCCGCCGCAUUCUCCCCCGCCCCAAGCGCUCCAACCGCUCGCGCUCUUCCCAGACCCAGAAGCGUCCCCAAUCGCGGACUCUCACCGCUGUCCACGACGCCAUCCUGACCGACCUCGUCUACCCCGUCGAGAUCGUCGGCAAGCGUCUCCGUACCCGCGAGGACGGCAGCAAGAUCCUCAAGGUCGUUCUCGACGAGAAGGAGCGUGGCGGUGUCGACUACAGGCUCGACACCUACAGCGAGGUCUACAAGCGCCUCACUGGCAAGGGUGUCAACUUCGAGUUCCCCCAGAGCCAGCAGACCGACUACUAAAUGUAGAUGGGUUGUUGGGUUCGGUCUCGUUUAAACUACAUGGUUCAGGAGUACGGCAGGGCUUCGGAUAUGCAUCAUGUACCGGCAUCAAAAAGGAAUGAGAUGAUAUGACUGCCUUGAAUAGGCGCCCCUUCAAGAUACCAUUGCAAUUGAUUUCUUUCUUGUGAAAGCUGUUCUUGGUGCGACUACUGCAAUGUCUACUGCCUAUCCAGUUCCGGGUAAUGUCUGAAUAUGCCCAUGCCAUAUGGCUGCCUCCUGUCGCUUCCCAAGUACUCUUUGAUACCCUUUGCUUCCUUCACACUGUCAUAGAAUGUGCUAAACAACAGGGGGUAAUCCUUCUUCCUCGCCUCUAUUUCUUUUGGGAAAGCAAAUUGGAGCCCGUCCAGUACCUGCCACACGCUUGUAUCCGCAUAGGUCAGACUGCUACCAACAAGGAACUUGCCCUGUCCCUGUGCUUCAUUGCCCUUGAGCACGCGCUCGAAGAAACCAAGGAACUUGGGGAUGCGCGUCUGCCUGAAAUCUUCGGACUUCUUGAGCGCUUCUUCCUUUUGGUUUUCAUAGUAGUCUGCGACGGCAAUGGGGUGGUGUGUGUCGUGCGCUUCGUUGUUGAGGUCCAGUGCCGUCAAUGUGUGCGAUAGGACCCAGGCAUUCUCCGCCUCAUCUGCACCGGCGAGGUCGAGCUUAUUGCCCAAGUAGGAGAGGAUGGAGGGUGUUUGGUAGAUGAGCAACGGAGCGCCGCUC